UUCUACGGUACCAGAGAUCCACUGUGGCUUUAAACUCGCACAUUAGGAACAAGGUGAUACGUUGUUAAGUCAUCGUCGGUCCUCGUGCUUGAAAUGUGCUAGUGCUGCGAGUGCGCGUUGACGUUAAUAACAUCGACACUGCAACUGAAAACCGCGUUUCCGUGUAAACACCGUCAGAAGAAACCGGUAUUCAAAAUGAUGUUUAAAUACAUGUGUUUGGUUUUGUUCAUAACGUGGUAUCAGUUAGCUGAAUGCCACCCUGCAAGCUCCAACGUCAAGUCAUUAGAUUCCAUGAUUGAAAAGGAAUCGGAAGCAUUUUUAUCUGUUGAAGCAGAAGACUCUAGUCAUAAGAAUGUCAGAGACAAAAGGACGAUCGGUUUCUUAAGGCAGCUGUUUCCAAAUCUAUCUCAGAUAGUCGACCGAAAGAUCCAACAAAUCACGCGAUUCGUAUUCCGCGUGAUCGGCAGGCUGGUGCUCCGGGGCGGCGGCGGGGCUGGCGCUGGUGCGGGCGGCACCGUUGCCGGUACCGGUACCGGUGGUGAAUCCGGUAGCAAUGGUGGUCGGCGGAUAUCGAUCACGUUACCCACGUUCCCGCCGUCCACGGAUGACGAAGACGAAGAUGCUGCGACGGUCCUGCCAACAGCCGACACGUCGUCCUCGCCGGCCUCGCCGUCAUCAGACGCUGACGCGUUUGCAUCAAGAAUAGCGGAACCGGCUUCAUCCGAGGUGACCGCCACCGAUUCUGCGCCGGCCGCGUCCGUAGACUCGGCCGCACCCGCUGAUUCAGCCGUAGCGGCUGACUCUGCCUCCGAAGUGGCGGUCACUACCGCUGACCCAGCGACUACCUCCGCCCCGGUCACCACCACCGCCGCCAAAGCCGCCCCGGUAACCAGCGCCGCUCCGGCCGCCGGAUCAGUCUCCACCACCACCGUCGCAGCCGCUGCCGCCGCCGCUGCAACCGCUACCGCCAGCGCAAUCAGCUCGCCAACCACUCAAAUGCCAUUGGACUCAGAUAACACAGUCGGCACCGGUAUCGUAAAGAGGACGGCGAGGGAAGUUUCGACAAACGAACCAAGCUCCACGAAAAAACGGUCACCGCUCACAGACACUGAUAACGACGUGUCGUCUGACAACGCUUUGUCGUCGAACGCCGGAGACGACGCCCAAGCUGAGACGGUCGCGGACGAAGAUCCCAGGAACAAACGGUUCUUGUUCAACCUGCGUGGAGGAGCCGGAGGUGGAUCCGGCAACUUUUUAUUCGACCUGAUCCGAAGGGGAGCGGACAGAGCAGCUAGGGCUGCCGGUGGUUUCUACAGAGUGGUCGCAGGCACCGACCCAAACACAUUAACACUCGCACAGCCUCUUCAAUAUCCAUCGUUGGUGGCUGGAAGCGGGGCCAAUCAAGAUAGAGACGAGUCAUCCGACUCGGUGCCAGCCGAAGGCGAAGCCCAGGAGGUGCACGCGGAAGUGAAUGCCAAGGAAGACGGAUACAGCGUCGGCGUACCCGGACCACUGACGAGAAUAUUCGUAAUUGCCAACAGGGGAGUGGCCAAUUUGGUCCAAGACUUGAUACUGAGAUUGGCCCAGACCACCGAAAGAAUAGUGAACUUCAAAGCCAGAUUAAUUACAUCCCUCAUCUAAGCAAAUAUACAAGUUUGUGUAGUAAAAUGUAAUUUAUUACCUGCAAGCGGCGUAUUUUAGUCAUGACUUAUGAGAUUAAAUCUUAACUUAACGUUUGUUUGCACAACCAUAAACCUACGUCAAGUUUUUUUAUAAUUGACACGAUUUUUUAAAGUAUGUGUGUAAUUAUUUCCAAUUUGUGUUUUACGCAUCAAUCACGUCGUGACGCCCACACUCACUCUCGCACACACACACACACUCAUAUUCAUGCACAUAUCCAAGUAUUCUACAACCAAGUCACAACUUAUUGAAAUAGCUGACAUAUUACGUUCAAUUUAUAUUUAUUUGUUCAAAAAUGUUGUUCUAUACCCCAUUUAAACAUUAUACGUCAAUAACAAUUCCAUAUCUUCCGCACAGUCCACAACUCACUUUGAUAGCUUAACUUUUGCAAAACAAGUGCCAAAAUACAAAAUAUAAUUUUAAAACCACCAUACCAUAACGAUACGUCAUAACACGCGAUCACCAAUUUGUAAUUAAGUAAACCUAAGUAGUGUACUAAUAUCAGUAGGUAUUCGUGUUAAAUAUAGGUACACAACUUCACGAUUUAAUCGGCACGUCAUAUAUGAGAUACACAGUGUACCUCCAGCUGG